AGUUGAAAGGUCAACGGCGUUGAGUGGUGUUCGAACAAGAUCUGUUUGGGUUUCAUGUCUGUGUCCUUGAACGGCUGGCAGGUGCUCGCACAAGCCCGACUAUGUUGAACAGAUUCAGUUAUCUCCGGAGAUAUCGAGGGUAACCUGGAGACAGCAGCAAGAGUUUGAAGAGCUAGUGGGGUGAGUCUGUGGGAUCAGAGCAUUCCAAAGAAAAUUGAAGAGUCACUUAACAGCAAUGGAGAAAAAUUGGUUGAUGUGUCACCAACAUUUCUCCAGUUUUGCGUUUUUUAGCUACCAGACAAAAGCAUACACUGCCUGAUCUGCCUUAUGACUAUGGCGCAUUGGAACCACAUAUCAGUGCGGAAAUAAUGCAGUUGCAUCAUAGCAAGCAUCAUGCAACCUAUGUUAACAACUUAAAUGUUACAGAGGAGAAGUAUGCAGAGUCCUUGGCCAAGGGUGAUGUGACAACUCAAGUUGCUCUGCAGCCAGCACUGCGAUUUAAUGGUGGGGGUCAUAUUAAUCACUCUAUUUUCUGGACUAACCUGUCUCCUAAUGGUGGAGGAGAACCUGCAGGAGAGUUAAUGGAAACCAUCAAGCAGGACUUUGGUUCCUUUGAGAAGUUUAAGGAAAAGAUUACUUCAAUCUCAGUCGGUGUUCAAGGCUCAGGAUGGGGAUGGCUGGGUUACAGCAAGAAUUCAGGAAGGCUACAGCUUGUGGCUGCUUCCAAUCAGGAUCCAUUGCAAGGAACAACUGGUCUAAUUCCCCUACUUGGAAUUGAUGUGUGGGAGCAUGCCUACUACCUGCAGUAUAAGAAUGUGCGGGGUGACUAUCUAAAAGCUAUCUGGAAUAUUAUCAACUGGGAGAAUGUAGCAGAGAGACUCAAAGCUGCCAGGAAAUGAGUAGUAUUCAUGCUGGACUUCAAGGAAACCAACAGAACCCUGCCAUUGCUGUUUUAAAAUGUUUUUCAAUAACAUUUGUGAAACAGUUUCUAGCUUUCAGGACCAUGUUUAAAACAUUAAAUCUUUGGAAACAUC